AUGGCGUCCCAGAUAGACAUCGCUGCUGUGAGAAGCAAGUUCCCUGCCCUGAGCCAAGACCAAGUCUUCUUCGAUAAUGCAGGCGGAAGUCAGACGCUGGGCACAGUCAUUGAGUCCAUCCGGGACUAUCUCACACAAAGCAACGUCCAGCUAGGCGCCUCUUACAAAGUCGGCCAGAAGGCGACGGCCUCCUACGGCGAAGGCUACCAGGCCGGCGCAAAGUACAUCAACGCAUCCCCUGACGAAAUCGUCUUUGGAGCUUCGACAACCCAGCUCUUCCGCAACCUCUCCCACACCCUCACCUUCUCCAAAGGCGACGAAAUCGUCAUAUCAGCAGUCGACCACGAAGCCAACAUCGCCUCCUGGGUCGACCUCGCCGCCCGCCAACAACUCGAGCUCAAAUGGUGGAAGCCCGCCUCCGCCACAAACCCAAAACUCACCGCAGAGAACCUGAAGCCGUUACUCUCCGACAAGACCCGCCUCGUAACCCUCACGCACGCAAGCAACAUCCUAGGCACCAUCCACGACGUCGCCUCCGUAGCCUCCCUCGUGCACUCGUCCAACCCCAAAGGCCUCGUCUGCGUCGACGGCGUAGCCUACGCCCCGCACCGCCCCGUCGACGUCAAAGCCCUCGGCGUCGACUUUUACGCCUUUUCGUGGUACAAAGUGUACGGCCCGCACACGGCCAUGCUCUACGCGAGCCGCGCCGCGCAGGACGCCCACAUGCGCUCGCUAGGCCACUUCUUCAACCCGGGCGAGUCCCUCGAGGGGAAGCUCGGGCUCGCGGGCGGUAGCUACGAGCUCGUCUCGGCCGUCCCGCGGGUCCUGGAGUACCUCGGCACGCCCGACUCCGAGGGUUGGAAGGGCAAGGUCGAGCAGGAGGAGCAGCUUCAGGCUACUCUGCUCGAGUAUCUCAACGGCCGGGAUGAUGUGACGAUUUACGGUGAGACGGAUGCCGGUACCCACCGCCGUGUUCCGACGAUUAGCUUCAGGGUGCAAGGAUGGGGCACCAAAGAGCUCGUGAAUGCCGUGGAAAAUGGGUCCGAGUUUGCUUUCCGAUGGGGCCACUUCUACUCGUACCGGCUAAUCAAGGAGAUUCUGCAACUCGAUCCUGCCGACGGCAUAAUUCGGGUUAGUAUGGUGCAUUACAACAGUCUUGACGAAAUCAAGGGGUUUAUUGCGGUCCUGGAUAAGGCACUGCAACAAAAGUCCAAAUAG